CCCCCCUCUCAUAUAAUGCCCCCUGUUCUGUGCCCCUUAGAUUAAAUGCCCCCUAUCCUGUGCCCGAGAUGAAAUGCCCCCUGUAAUGUGCCCCUCAGAUAAAAUGCCCCCUGUAUAAUGCCCCCAUAGUGCCCCAAACAUAGUAAAAAACAACAACAAUUAUACUCACCUAAUCCACGUUCCCACGAGCAGGUCUUUCCCUUGCUUCUGGUUUACAACGUGUGAUCCGCGGGGACGGGAUCUCCGGCAGUCGUGAUGACGUCACAUCGUGUCCCUGCGGUUCAGCGCGUGAGUGUAGGGAGGAGUGGGAGCUGACAGCUUCCCCUCCACCAUUCUAGUGACUGCCUCUGCGUUCCCAGAGGCAGUACACUGGCUUGCGUUGCUGGGUGACACCAGCGCGGGAUUAUUUCUCGCUUGAUUGUGUCACCCGGUCCGGUCUCCCAUAGCAACACUACCGGGUAUAUGUUGGGUUAAUCUCUCCCAGUACCGGUUGCUAUCCCGCUGCCGCUGCGUCAACCUGUAGGGAGGAGUGACAGAACGCCCCGCCCCUCACAAGCUCAAGUGCAGGCGAGACGCCACGCCCCCUCUCCGCGCACAAACACACAUCCUGCACAUGGGGAGGGGGCGUGGACAUGAACUUCACACCACGUGACAGCUGCUGGCAGCGGAGCCGGAGAGGCGGGGGAGGCAGUGCUGAGUGGAGAUCCCGGGGAGAGGAGUCCGUGCUGCCGCUGCCGGGGAUCACAGUACAGGUCUUCCCAACGUUUCUCAGUGAAUGGAGAAGAAUGCCUACUUGAACUCUAUUACCAAAAAAAGAGUCAAAAAUUCUCCCACUUGGCUGUUUUUGGAAGGCCAUGUUUUUUCGAUGUGGCUUCUGUAUUUUCCAAUUGAGCCUCACAUGGUUACAUGGUAAGACCAUCAGGAAAUGUAGUUCUGUACAAGCUGGAGUCAAGAUACAGAGAUAAACAAUUACUUCUUUCAUCCCAAGCAGAGUCGACUGGAAACUGGCACCGUUUAUUGGAUUACUCUGUGAAUCAUUUUGUUUUGGAGGUUCUAUUUAUUCUCGGCAUGUGUGUAUUUGAAUGGUUUUAUUCUUUUUAAUACCAUUUUUAUGAUAAGGAUAUGUCAAGCCUUUUUUCCCGCGUGGAUGUGUUUUUUCAUUGUAACUAAAGCGUAAGAUGGGUGCAAAUUUUUGAUAUUUUUUUUUUUUCUUUUUUAAAUGUAAUUUAUUUAUUUAUUUUCCUGAUGGCUGCACCUUACAAAGUGAUUGUGAGCAAAAUCACGUAUUACAAUAAUGUGGUACUGGACAGUAGGUUUCAGAACGUAGUACAUUAUUGCCUGGGAAGUUGCCAGGCUCAUAGACUGGGUGUACAGUGCCUGGUUGCACAUCACACCAUAUGCUCAGAAAUUCUGAAUGCUCCUGAUGCAACCCCUGAUCAUGGCGGAGAUGUUGGCAACAAAAUAUCAGUGGGUGAAAGUGUGGUUUGUGGUGAGGAUUAUGCUCAUCUAAACCUCAAGGUUAAAAAGUCCUCCACCUCCUCUGUUCAGAAUACCAGCAGCUUGAAAGAUAUAACAGGUGAAGCUAUAAAUCUUGCAAGUGGAAAAACAAAAGAGUUCUCUUUUGAAAAGCUGAAGAAUGCCUCAAACCAGCAUGUCAAUCUCAGGAAAGGUCGAAAAGUCCGUCCAGAAUCUUUUGGCAGGAAGUCAGCUGAUUAUGACUUUAUAUAUGGCCAAUUCAGUAACAACGAGAAUUGUCCACCUUUUGGUUUGGUACAAUCUCAGGGGUCAGAAGAAAAAACAUUAGUGUCCCAUGGCACGACUUUAGAACAGAAUAUCAAUUUGGCUUCACUGUACUUGCAAGGUCUUUCAGAAGAAAACCUGAUAAACCAGAUUUUGAAGAAGCAUAAGCUUGACAGCUCCGGGUCUGGUGAGGAUAUAAAGAUGUGCUUGGAUAUUCUUCUGAAAUGUUCUGAAGACCUGAAGAAAUGUACUAAUAUAAUAAAGCAGUGUAUAAAGAACAGAUCAGUUGGGGGAAGCAGCAGUGGUGUGGGAGAUGGAAAAGGGUCUGAACAUUUUCCAAAUCCAGAGCUCAUUUAUAUGAAUGUCAUGGCAAGACUAUCUUCCUACCUUAAAAAGCUUCCCUUUGAACUGGAACAAGGUUCUCAUGGAAGAACUGAACCGAAUGACCUGGCUGAACUUGUGAAAAGCCUCAAUAGUCUGCAGCAACAUCCAUUUUCACCAAUAUAUGGUCACGAGCAGCCUCCAAAGUAUGAAGAUGUUGUGCAGCAUCCCCCUUCCAUGAAAGCCAUCACUUCAAGAACCAAUGAAAACCGUGAAUCUACUUCACAACACGCCAGCGUUGGGGACACUAGUACAGUAAAAUCAGUGGCAGAUGUUGCCCCUCCGUUACCUGCAAAGACUUGGCAAAGAAAUAGACCAAACCAAACCAGUGGUCUAAGAAAUCACUCUAUAGCUACUCAGCAACCCAGUCCUCCAGUCCAUUUACACACAAAGGAGAAGUUGCCGAGGAACUCAAUAGAAAAGCUUUUUAUUGAAGAGGAUUUAGAUUUACAAACUGCUUCUUACCCAAAAAAGUCUCAAACCGCUUGUGCACCAGUAGUGUCCGAGCGUAAACGCUGGUCAACUGAGAGCUUGGGCCAUGAUCCGUCAACCAGUUCUCAAGUUCCUGUCGCUACUCCUUUACAAAGUUCACCAAAUCUUCCCAACACUGCCAAUGAAAAUGCCCGAACCCCUCCCAUUAAUGUGAAUACCCUAGUGCCAACCAGAAAGAGCAGGAGCAAUGAUCACGAGGAAAUUGACAAACUGCUUUUAGACUUGGAACGUUUUUCACAAAAAAUUGAAAGCACUUUAAAAAACCCACCAAUGUCUUCACCAGCACCUUCCAAAUUACCAACUGGACUGCCUGCUCUCAAGGUGGAUCUCAAAGCACAACCUGUUCCUUCUGCACUGGAACAAGAAUCUAGCACAAGUGCCACGGGGGAUGAUGACAACCUUUUAUUGCGUAUAUUAGGCAGCAUUGAGGACUUUGCCCAGGAGCUUGUGGAUUGGAGGUCGGGUAAAGGAACUCUGUCCAAACAGAAGGAAGUUAUGCAAAUCCUUCAAGAAACUUUGGUUCCUCAGACUCCUCCCUUGUCCCCGAGUUUUCAGAGCCAAGUCAAGGAUUCAGGCUCCACUUUAUCCAUUCAGCAGACACCUGAAGUCAUCAAGAUUCAAAAUAAACAAGAGAAGAAGCCAGGGACACCUCCUCCGGCCCCGGUCAUAGCUCCUGUAAUUCCUCGCCCAGCCUCCCCACCUCCUGCUAACAAAGUCACAGUUGCCCCUUCCCUGUCCAUAAACAUUCCACGAUUUUACUUCCCAAAGGGACUGCCCAACCCUGGCACAAACAAUGACGACUCCAUCUCAAAGAUCGAAGCAGCAUUCUCUAGUAUGGAGGACGAGAAGGCCGACAUCUAUGAGAUGGGGAAGAUCGCCAAGGUAUGCGGCUGUCCGUUGUACUGGAAGGCUGCACUCUUUAAUGCAGCUGGUGGAGAGAGGACGGGGUUUGUGUCUGUGCAUUCAUUCAUUGCAAUGUGGAGAAAGUUAUUACAGAACUGUCAUGAUGACAAUUCCAAAUUCAUGAACCUUUUAGCAAAACCAGGCUGCAGCUAUUUAGAGCAAGAGGACUUCAUCCCCCUCCUACAGGACAUAGUAGACACACAUCCUGGAUUGACCUUCCUCAAGGAAGCGCCUGAAUUUCACUCCCGGUACAUAACUACGGUUAUACAGAGAAUAUUCUACACCGUGAACAGGUCGUGGUCCGGCAGAAUAACAUCUACUGAGCUGCGCAGAAGUAACUUUCUGCAGACAUUGGCUUUGCUGGAGGAAGAGGACGAUAUUAACCAGGUGACAGACUACUUCUCCUAUGAACACUUCUAUGUCAUCUAUUGCAAGUUUUGGGAACUGGACACUGAUCAUGAUCUAUACAUUGACCAGAAAGAUCUGGCAAGAUACAAUGACCAUGCUUCCUCAAACAGAAUCAUAGAACGGAUAUUUACAGGAGCAGUAACACGAGGGAAUGCUGUCCAGAGGGAGGGCAGGAUGAGCUAUGCAGAAUUUGUCUGGUUCUUGAUAUCUGAAGAAGACAAGAAAAACCCCACCAGCAUUGAGUACUGGUUCCGGUGCAUGGACUUGGAUGGAGAUGGAGUGUUAUCCAUGUAUGAACUGGAAUACUUCUAUGAAGAACAGUGUGAGAAGAUGGAAACUAUGGGUAUUGAGCCACUACCCUUCCAGGAUCUGUUGUGCCAACUAUUAGACCUGGUAAAACCAGAAGUUGAAGGUCGCAUCACACUGAAAGACCUGAAACGCUGUAAAAUGGCUCAUAUAUUUUAUGACACCUGCUUUAAUCUGGAGAAGUACCUGGACCAUGAACAAAGAGAUCCCUUUGCAGUGCAAAAGGAUGUUGACAGUGAAAUACCGGAGCCGUCCGACUGGGACCGAUACGCUGCGGAAGAAUACGAGAUCCUGGUCGCUGAAGAAACUGCCACUGAGCAUUUACAAGAGGGGUCAUUUGAAGACGACUAUGAUGGGGAUGAAAUAAUUUCUGCUCCCGAAAUCAACAGCAAAAUAGAUAAAUUGGUUAUCUCCGACCUGACGGCGUGAGGCUGACCCUGCACCCUUCACUGGACAAUCAGACUGACCAGUAUUUAUGGACUGAGCCCUGGUCACCACAAGACUUUCAGGGGGAAAUAAUAUAUAAAUAUAUUUUUUAUGAUUAUUUUGUGAAGAGAAUUGCUUUGUUUUUGUAAAAAGCUCUAUGACAAAAGUUCUGCUAUUAUUUUACCGCAUUGUGUGUGUGUGUGUGAGUGCACAAGUUUGCUGUCAGAUGAACAAAAAACCAUUUAUGUGCAAUAUGUCUUAAAUACGAGUCCUCGUGUAUAGGCAUCAGUGCGGGGGUGGUUGCCCAGCGCGACCAAUCAGAUUCCAGCUUACAUUUUCUAACCUGCACAGUAACGAUGAAAGCUGUAAUCUGAUUGGCUGCCGUAAGUAACUGCUUCGCUCCCACUGGUGUGAAUACAUGCGGGCCGGUGUGUUACUUGUAGAGAAAUGACCUGAUGAAAUUGUAUGGAAUCACUGCCUUUACCCACCUCAUAUCUGUUCGCUGCCGACACAUAGAACCAAAGCUCCACUGUCCACAGAUCAGAAAACCUCUAUUAGAUGUACGGAGGAGGCCAUGAGCAUGGAGUCAUGUAUUUUUAUUAAUCACAGCCUUCCAGUAUUCUUUAUCAUGUGUAGAAUUUAUACCGAACUCUGUAAAUAUGUGUAAGAAGAACAUAAUGGAAUAAUCAUCCACAAUUAUUACAAGGAUUGUUAGAAGGACGUGGCUGGCAAAGCUUUCUGGGACAGGGAACAGUAGAAAGACCAUAGCUGCCAAAAUUGGGACCUUUUGUUUUUCUUAAGCCCCAUCCCUGGGAACACACACACUUUUUGGAUCUGGUUUGCAGAAUUGUCUUGACAAAAUUGAAACUAGUAGGAAGUAUAAUAGAGAUGUAGCAGGGCUGAACUAGUUCACUUGCUGCCAUAUUACAUCUGUGGUGCUAUUGUAUAAUGUCCCCCAUGAUGUUUAUGUGCCCUAAUAUAGAAGAGGGAUAAAGGAGUUAUCCAGAAAUAAAUUUAAAAAAAAGCUAUUUUCUAUCAAAAACAGCACCACUCCUGUCCUCAGGUUGUGUGUGGUAUUACAACUUGGCUUCAUUCACUUCAAUGGAACUAAGCUGCAAUACCACACACAAACUGAGGACAAGUGUGGUGCUGUUUUCUGAAUAAAGCAGCUCUGUUUUUCUAAACCUGGAUAACCCCUUUAAGUAUUUUAUAUGGCGUCCAUUCGAUCAGGUGGGCAAACAUGUAAUACUCCAAUGUAAGAGAGACUCCUUGCACUGGCUUUCCACCUUAAACAUGUGGAGAGUGGGUGUUCAGGGUACAUUUAGCGUGUACGCAGGUAGAGCUCCUGACUAAUAUGGUAAAGUAUCCAUAGGGUUACAAGAGGGUCGAUAUACACCAAUAUAGUACAACUAAAGGGAUGGAGUAGUGUAGUAAACUAUGCUAUUGUAUACAAUGGUAUCCAGUAUAAAAUAAAAAAAAAUAAAAAAUAUCUCUAUAUAUAUAUAUAAUUAUUUAUAAUUUGUGGCAUUUAGGAUAUACAAACUGUUUUGCAACAGCUAGAAGCACCCUGGUGGGGAACCACUGCUCUAGGAGCAGGACAACUCCUUUAGGCUAUGUUUACACGGCAGGAAUUCCGUGGAAGAAUUUUGCCGGAAAUUCGGCAAAAAUGUACUGCCCAUUCACUUUAAUGGUAUUUCGCUGUCUCAUUCACACAACUGAAUUUCUGCGGCGGCAAUUCCGUCGUGGAAAUUUUGCCUUCUGCAAGAUGUACAGCCUUAAAGUGAACCUGUUAGCUGCAAUAAUUUUCCAGACUGCUGACGCUGUUAGGGCAAGGAGACACACAGUACCUUUCAUAUCAGUCUGCAAUUCCACAACAUACAGCAAUACUUUCAUUCUCUGGUGACAAAUGUAAAAGAGAUGUUCCCAAGCCCCUGAAGUGCUGGAACGCCUCCUCACUCCCAAUACCAUCCCUGUUCCUGACUGAUUGACAGUCUGCUGGAAGCCGAGCCCUGUUUCCAAAUCUCAUUCCUUCUCUGCACAUAUAAAUUGUGCCUAGGUGUAUGAUUUAACAGGGCUCGGCUUCUACCUGACUGUAAAGCGGGGAUACAAACAAAGUACCUCCGGAGAAAAGGGCUGGAUUACAAAGGGCGCUGGGAGCUAGUUAAGAUUAUUGCGCAUUUAUUACCCACAAUGCAAUGUCUGAUGAAGUGGUAUUACCGCAAAGCAUGUUGCAUUGUGGGUAAUAAAUGUGCAAUACUCUUACCUGACUACCAGCGUCCUUGGUAAUCCAGCCUGUUUCUCAGGAGGUUCUUUGCUGCACACGAGGCUUGGAGUGGCUGCAGGAUCCCGGCUACGGCUUCCAUGCUAUUUCCAUGCUAUUACUUGGUUGGUACGACCCACAUCGGUGAGCAGUUACCGUAUUUAACUAUAUCACACCACGGAGCGCUGUAUUUCUCAUUUAUUGUAGUUGCUGUUAAGCGGGGAGGGGGAGUGUCCAGAGGCUUGGGCACACUUUAUUUUUUAUUUGUUUUAUUUUUAUUAUUUACAUUUUUUUGCACUUGCUACCAGAGAAUAAAAGCAUUUUUCUACAGAUAUAUGAAAGAUACCACUGCACCUUACAUAAACUGCAUAUGAUUCCUUUUCUGCAGCUAUAUUUAACUAGUGAAUAGCUGAUGAAUUAAAGAGUACCGGUCAUCAAACCAUAUUUUUUAAACUAACUCAGAUUAUAUUCCCUAACUCUUCCUCACACCCCUCCUGUCCGUAAAAAAAAAAAAAAAAAUUCCAAACUUUAAAAAGCUCUGUAUCGUACAUUGUGUGAGCUCCCGGCAGGAGAAAGUGGGUGUUCCCCAGCAGGCACAAUGUCAAUGAAGCCUGCGAGAGGCCGGGAGGAGACCAAACUGUUUGACUUGAGGCAGGGAACAGAACAGAGCCACCUAGUGGCCAUUUUUUCAUUCACAUGAAAAACAUAUAAAGGUUAAGAAUUUUAACAGCAAGUAAAUAGCAAAGUGUCUUAUGAUUACGUAAGGAACAAUAUAUGAAAAGUUUAGUCUGGUGACAGGAACUCUUUAAAAAAUAAAAAAUAUAUAAAAACAUCCACAAGCCCUCCUAAGGUGAAACAAGCCCAAAGGAGGGAGCAGAGCAGCAGAAUGUCCCAGAAGGCUCAGCCGCCAUUUAAUGUGUCCCUUUUAGUUGAAUACAUUUAAGGUUCCUAUGUAUAAAGCACUUUUUAGGGCAUUUUAUGUCGUCCGCUCAUCCAGUGCCAUCUCUUUCUCUCUGUGUCUGCCUUGUCUGUUACUUGGAUUGUUUGAUCCUUCCUGGGAUGUGCCUUCACUCUUUGUAGACAAAUAUAUCAAUGCAGAGUUUUAGUUUUGUAAGUAGUGUAUAUAUUAAAAGUGAGUGGUACCUAAUUCUGGUAGUGUUGUAUGAUCCAGCGUUUGUUGCGGAGGGACACAACUCACUUUUGGCUGGAGAUCUCUAUGCUUGCUGGCCUGGUCCAUAAGCUGAGGGUGACAUAAUCACAUCUCCUUCAGCCUUGUUUUAAAAGGGUUAACCAGGAAUAGAAAAGCAGAGCCGUUUUCUUUCAAACAGCUCCUGUCUGUCUCCGGGUUGGGUGUGGUCCUGCAGCUCAGUUCUAUUGAAGUAAAUGGAGCCAAGUUGUAAUACCACACCCAACCUAGAGACAGAUGGGAAGCGGUUUUUGAAAGAAAUUGGCUGUUUUUCUAUUCCUGGAUAACUCCUUUAAGCUUAUGCCACCUCGAAUUCAACAUCCACCUCGUGUUCAGUUCUGGUGAGAAGUCUUCUUCAUUAAGUAGAUUCUGAAAAAAAUGGUAAUAUUGAAUUAUUUAACCCCUUAAGGACCAAGGGUUUUUCCGUUUUUGCAUUUUCAUUUUUUGCUCCUUACCUUUAAAAAAAUCAUAACUCUUUCAAUUUUGCACCUAAAAAUUCAUAUGAUGGCUUAUUUUUUGCGCCACCAUUUCUACUUUGUAAUGACAUCAGUCAUUUUACCCAAAAAUCUACAGCGAAAUGGGGAAAAAAAAAUCAUUUUGAGACAAAAUUGAAAAAAAACGCCAUUUUGUAACUUUUGGGGACUUCCGUUUCUACAAACUACAUUUUUCGGUAAAAAUGACACACUCUUUAUUCUGUAGGUCCAUACGAUUAAAAUGGUACCCUGCUUAUAUAGGUUUGAUUUUGUCGUACUUUUGGAAAAAAUCAUAACUACAUGCAGGAAAAUUUAUACGUUUAAAAUUGUCAUCUUCUGACCCCUAUAACUUUUUUUAUUUUUCCGUGUAUGGGGCGGUAUGAGAGCUAUUUGGUUGCACUGUGAUCUGAAGUUUUUUGCGGUACCAUUUUUGUAUUGAUCGGACUUAUUGAUCGCUUUUUAUUCCUUUUUACAUGAUAUAAAAAGUGACCAAAAAUACACUAUUUUGGACUUUGGAAUUUUUUUGCGCGUACGCCAUUAACCGAGCGGUUUAAUUAACGAUAUAUUUUUAUAGUUCGGACAUUUAUGCACGCGGCGAUACCACAUAUGUUUAUUUUUAUUUACACUGUUUUGGUUUUUUUUUAAAUGGGAAAAGGGGGGUGAUUCAAACUUUUAAUAGGGAAGGGGUUAAAUGAUCUUUUAUUCACUUUUUUGUUUUGCUAUGUUAUAGUUCCCAUAGGGACCUAUAACACUGCACACACUGAUCUUUUACAUUGAUCACUGGUUUCUCAUAGGAAACCAGUGAGCAAUGAUUCUGCCGCUUGACUGUUCAUGCCUGGAUCUCAGGCACUGAGCAGUCAUUCGGCGAUCGGACACCAGGAGGCAGGUAGGAGACCCUCCUCGUGUCCUGCAGCUGUUCGGGAUGCCGCGAUUACGCCGCGGCGAUCCCGAACAGCUCCCUGAGCUAACUGGCAUGGUUUUAAUUUCACUUUAGACGCGGCCUACAACUUUGAAUGCCGCGUCUAAAGGGCACUGAUUGCAGUGCGGCGCGCUAUUAGCCACGGGUCCUGGCAUUAUAGAUUGGGAGCGGACUCAUGAUGUAACGUUACGUCAUGGGUCCUUAACAGGUUAAAUCUGUCAUAUGCAAAUUUGGAGUUUUGAUAUUAAAGGGAUUCUCCAGGAUUAGAAAAACAUGGCUUCCUUCUUCCAAAAUUCGUGUCACCCCUGUUCUCAGCAUGCUUUAUUGCGGCUUAGUUCCAUUUAAGUAAAUGGAGCCAAGUUCUAAUACCACACACAACCUUAGGACAGGUGUGAUGCUGUUUUUGGAAGAAAGCAGCUAUGUUUUUUUAAUCCUGGAUAAUCCCUUUAACCAUGCCCCAGAUCCCAUCUAUGGGUGACAUACUGUUCUAUGUUAAGGGGGUUCUAUCAAUUAAGGCCAGUGGGAUAGGCAGAAGCCCCUGGGGACCGCCCUGAUAAUUUGGAGCACUUUUCUAUGCUAGUGUUAUAAAUAGGUCUUCCUCACUAUUCAAACACUACUCCUCACUACACACAGUGUUCUAUAGCCCUGUGCGGGACAGGUUUCUUAAUCCCACUCCUGCUGAAUUUCUGCCCAUUACUGCCCACUCCUGCAAUGUGUGUGCCCAAUGCCUCCCGCUCCUUCAAAUAUUCUGUCACAACUUUAAGAGCGAGGUCCCCUCUUGUGCCAUUUCAUCUGCUUCUGACAGUUCCAGACAAAAACCAAGGUGGCAGAAUCGAGCACUGGGGUCAGACUGGAAAGAACUGCACAACUUUGGCUGGAGUAUACAGUUCUGGAAGGAUUAAGGAUUUUUAAUGGAACUGAUUUGCUUUGGAUGGAUGGUUCUCCAUUCAUACACCUGCUAUCACUAACCCUGCACAUUUUUCCCAUUGGAUGUUGUCAACUAUUACAUGAAACAUUUCUGCCUGCAGAUGUCCUGAAAACUGUUCUUAAUAAAAUUAUAUUUAAUAAAUACUGGGUAAAUUGCUAAUCUAGAUCGGAGCACUUGUAAACAGCCAAGUGUGACAAUCUCUAAAUCUGAUCACCAGCCACAGGAAGAGAUAUUGAAAAAUUGGAUAAUUCCCCGAAAAUGUUUAAACCGUGGCUAUUGGAAAGUCCGAUGCAUCUUACACAGUCUGCUUUUGUUUUCCAGGCAUAUUGCUUUAUUCUGACAGUUUGCUAUCUUCCUUGGACCACCUGUAUGUUUUCCUUUUAUAGACUUCCUAUCCUGUUUAUACUUGUACCAAGGUUUACACACAGCUGGCUGGGAACAACCCACAUCUGCUCCAUGUUGGAUUGUCAUCUUGGAGUUUUAUAAUCCUGUCUAUUUAUACAUCUCUCUUCAUUCUUGUUUUGUUUGUUACCCAAAGGCAUAGCUUGGUAAAGUCUGUAGUCACUUAUUUACAUUUUUGGACCUGUGCUGGUAUUUAUUUCAUAAAUGAAAAUUGUGGAUGGGCCCAGGUACCUUCAUACAGCUGCAACACCUAGACCUCUCGCAGUUUCUACUGGAUUGGACUUUGAGCACAAUCGUGAU